UCAACAACUUUUGUUCUUGACACACUCAGACCCUUUUGCUGCAUUUUCCAUUAACAAAACCUCUGUCAAAACAUCUCUACAAACCCCUAAUUUCUCUCUCUCUUUCAUGUUCUAAACAACCAAAAAAACCCAUUUUCAUCUACAAAACUUAAAAUGGGAUCUCUUGUUCCAUUUCAAGACCUUAAUCUUCAACCUGAAUCCACAAAUUUCACAUCUUCUACAACCCCAAAUCCAAGAAUUAUACCAAAAAUUGAACCAAAACUUGAACCACUUGAUGAACACACACAAGCUGAUCUCCAAACAACACCAUUUUUUUCCAACCCUAGUCCUAAUUUUAACAACAACUCCAACAACUCUAGUUCUAGUUCACCUUUUACCCGUAAUAACAACAACACACAACAACAAUUACCUGAAAUCCCACCUGGUUUGACUGAAGAAAACAAUGUUUAUUCCGAAUAUAAUCGCAUUUCUGAACUCUUUAAAGAAGCUUUUGCUAAAAGAAUGCAACGUUUCGGAGAUAUUGAGGUUGUUGAAAAUACCGAGGUUGUUGAAGACCCUGAUUCACGUGCCAUUGUUCCUGUUAAUAACAAUGAUAAUCAGGUUUCAGAGAUUGUGGUUCCUAGAAAGAAGUAUCCACAAAGAUCAUCUGAGUUGGUUAGAGUGACAGAUCUUAAACCUGAAGAUCAACGUUAUUUUCGAGAUGCUGUUAGGAAAACAAGAAUGCUGUAUGAUUCUUUGCGUAUUCUAUCGAUGGCGGAGGAUGAUAAUAGUCAGCAUUUGGGUCCUCAUAGGAGGACUAGAGGUGAUUUGAAAGCUUGUCAGAUAUUGAGAGAACAUGGGUUGUGGAUGAAUCGCGAUAAGCGGAUUGUUGGGGCGAUUCCUGGUGUGCUUAUUGGGGAUGUGUUCUUUUUUAGAAUGGAGCUUUGUGUUGUUGGAUUACACGGGCAGGCUCAAGCUGGUAUUGAUUAUGUACCUGCUAGUCAGAGUUCGAAUAGGGAGCCGAUUGCUACGAGUGUGAUUGUUUCGGGUGGAUAUGAGGAUGAUCAAGAUGGUGGAGAUGUGAUUAUUUAUACGGGGCACGGUGGACAGGAUAAGUACUCGAGGCAAUGUGUGCAUCAGAAGCUCGAAUGUGGGAAUUUGGCGUUGGAGAGAAGUAUGCAUUACGGAAUUGAGGUAAGGGUAAUUCGUGGAUUUAAAUAUGAAGGAAGUGGAAGUGCUAGUGGUAAAGUGUAUGUGUAUGAUGGGUUGUAUCGAAUUGUUGAAUGCUGGUUUGAUAUUGGAAGGUCUGGAUUCGGAGUGUAUAAAUACAAGCUUGUUAGGAUAGAGAAUCAGGAAGAGAUGGGAAGUGCCAUUCUUCGUUUUGCACAGAAUCUUAGGAUUAGACCUUUGGUGGCAAGGCCUACUGGUUAUGUUAGUCUCGAUAUAUCAAGGAAAAAAGAAAACGUGCCAGUUUUUCUUUUCAACGAUAUCGAUGAUAAUCACGAUCCGAUUUAUUUUGAUUAUCUGGUGAAGACUGUUUAUCCUCCAUAUGUCUAUCAGAAUGUGGGCAGUGGUAAUGGCUGUGAGUGUGUUGAUGGGUGUGGAGAUAAUUGUUUUUGUGCUUUGAGAAAUGGUGGCCAAUUUGCCUAUGACUAUAAUGGGAUAUUGUUGAGAGGCAAACCGUUAGUUUUCGAAUGUGGACCACAUUGUCGAUGUCCUCCGACUUGUCGGAAUCGAGUGAGUCAGAAAGGUUUGAGGAACAGAUUUGAAGUGUUUCGGUCUAGAGAGACUGGUUGGGGAGUUCGGUCACUGGACUUGAUCCAAGCUGGGUCGUUUAUCUGUGAAUUUACUGGGGUUGUACUCACACGAGAGCAAGCCCAAAUUUUUACAAUGAAUGGUGAUAGUUUAGUCUAUCCAAAUCGCUUUCCUGAGAGAUGGGCAGAAUGGGGAGAUUUGUCGCAAAUAUAUCCUAACUAUGUGCGGCCAGCAUACCCCUCCAUUCCUCCUCUGGAUUUUGCGAUGGAUGUUUCUAGAAUGAGGAAUGUAGCAUGUUAUAUGAGUCACAGUUCAAGCCCCAAUGUUAUGGUGCAACCAGUGCUUUAUGAUCACAACCAUGUAUCUUUCCCCCACUUGAUGGUCUUUGCAAUGGAGAAUAUCCCCCCUCUAAAGGAGAUCAGUAUUGAUUAUGGUGUAGCAGAUGAAUGGACAGGGAAGCUUGCCAUCUGUGAUUGACUAACUUAUACUAGUUUAUCUAAUUUUGAAAAUGAUGCAGCAGCCAUUUCUGGCACAUCAUUUGCUGAGGGAAGCAACCUACCAGGGGAAAGAUUUUGAUCAUGAAGAUAUCAGCCUAUUGCUAAAACUAGUUGCUCCUAUUGCAGUUCUUUCAUCAGCUGGUAGAUCCUAUGUUGUAAAUAGCAUGGUGUUCAAUGACUAGCUAGAAGAAUGAAGAAAACUAUAUUGCAAUUUUUCACUACCCGCGCUCUGGAAGGUAACUUUUUAACUGAUGCAUCUCCUUGCUAGAGCUAACCCACUACUGAUGUUCUUGAUUGGAAGAGCUUUUGUAGGUUGUAGUAAUAGCUUGUAUAUAUGAAGAUCAAACUGCUUAUUCUGUACAGAAGAUUGUACUUAUAUCGUGCUACUGGUUAGCCAACCAGAGGUAAGUUCAAAUGCUUUUGCUAGAUAAAGGGGGAUCACUUUACUAUGUGGUCCAAAUUAGGGAUGCUGGGAUUUUGAGAGGAUUUUCCAAAUAUGUUACUACCAGAUUUUCCCUCUGAAUAUGGCAAUGCAAGUUUAUUUCAAAUGA